UCCACGAAUUGCAGGAGGCGUCUCAUCCGUGACUUCAAACGGCUUUCCAGCGACCCGCCUGGUGGCAUUUCUGGCAGCCCAUGUCCAGAUAACAUCAUGCUAUGGAAUGCUGUCAUCUUUGGACCAGCGGAAACACCGUUCGAAGACGGCACCUUCAAACUCCUCCUCACCUUUGACGAAUCCUAUCCCAACAAACCCCCCACCGUAAAGUUCCUCUCCCGGAUGUUCCAUCCGAAUGUCUACGCGAACGGCGAGCUCUGUCUCGACAUCCUCCAAAAUCGAUGGUCACCGACCUAUGACGUCGCCGCCAUCCUCACCUCCAUCCAAUCUCUCCUGCACGACCCGAAUCCGAACAGCCCCGCGAACGCGGAGGCGGCGCAGUUGUAUAGGGAGAAUAUGAAGGAGUAUGUGCGGAGGGUGAGGGCGACGGUUGAGGAGAGCUGGUUGGAGGAGGAGGAGAAG